CAAUUUUUGUAUUUCAUUUUCAUUCAAUAAACUCGAUAUUAUAAAUUAUGGCCAAAUGUCGAAAAGAUGGGGAUUGGUACUAUACCGAGACUAAGCCUCUAUCGUUUAAAACCACAGCCCACGAAAUGUUAGAAUCUGAAGGCCGAAAUAUGACUAAACCAAGAAUUGUCGGACGAAAACAAUUGAAUUUCCAGUCAUAUCCAAUGAAUGACUUUCGUUUCAACUUGAUGCGAUUCCAUGAACCGGAAACAUUACCUUUAACCACAUCAUAUUGCCGUGAUUAUCCGGCGCCCUAUCAAUCGUAUCCUUGUAAACCAAAAACUGAUGAGGAGAUUAUGCCGGAUUCAUUGUUUAAUCGCAAACCCCCAAGCGAGUUUGGUAUGAGACAAACCUCUAAAUUUAAAUUUAUGGGUGAUCAAUUUGUAAAUCUGUCCGAGUCGCGCAAGAAAAUAAAUUUCAUGCGGCAAAUGAGGAAUGCUCAUUUUAAGCUGGUAUAAAUGAUCAUAUCAACAAAAUAAAUAUUUUCAAUUCUCUGUAUGAUGAAGUA